AUGGAUAGGACAAAUAGUGAGGAAUUGGCAACAAUGCUGAAUUUAUGGGAUGUGUUUAAAAAGCCAAAGUAUUUAGUUGAUAAAACUGAAGAAGUUAUAAAUAAAUACAAUGAGGAUGAAUUAAAAAAAUUAUUUCUAAAUAGGCUAAAUUUUGGUACAGCUGGUUUAAGGGGUAAAAUGGGAGUAGGUUUUAAUGCAAUGAACGUAGUAACUAUAAUGCAGACAACUCAAGGAUUAUGUACAUAUUUAAUUAAUACCUACGGAUUGAAUUUAUGUAAAAACAGAGGUAUCAUUUUUGGAUUUGAUGGAAGAUAUCAUUCAGAAUCCUUUGCACAUGUCGCUGCAGCAGUUUGUUUAUCUAAAGGAUUUCGAGUAUAUUUAUUUGGUCAAACAGUUGCUACACCUAUUUUAUGUUAUUCUAAUUUAAAAAAAAAUUGUUUAUGUGGUGUUAUGGUAACAGCUUCCCAUAAUCCUAAAUUAGAUAAUGGUUAUAAAGUAUAUGCAGCAAAUGGGGCACAGAUAAUACCUCCUGUAGACAAACUUAUCUCAGAGUGUAUAUUAAAUAAUUUAAAUCCAUGGUGUGGAAUAUAUGAAUAUUUAAAUGAAGAAUUUUAUUUAAAAGAUACUUCAUUAGUUGAAGAUAUUUAUUUCGAAAUGUAUGAUUCGUUUAUGUCUGAUAUGAAAAAUGAGUUUAAUUUUAAUUGUUAUCGUAAUUCACGUACAAAACUUGUUAUAGUAUAUUCACCUAUGCAUGGAAUUGGUAGGAAAUUUGUACAAGGUAUUAUGCACAUAGUUGGUUUUAAUAAUUUACUUACAGUACCUCUACAAGCUUUACCUGAUGCCGAUUUUUCUACUGUUACAUUUCCAAAUCCAGAAGAAAAAGGUGCUCUUGAUUUAUCUAUGCAGUUAGCUGACCUUGUCAAUAGUCCUAUAGUAGUUGCAAAUGAUCCAGAUGCAGAUAGGUUUGCUUGUGCGGAAAAAUUUAAUAACAAAUGGUAUGUUUUUUCUGGGGAUGAAUUAGGAAUUAUCUUUGCUUAUCAUUUAAUGAAACAAAAUGAAAAAAAAAAUAUAGAUAAAUCAAAACAUGUUUUUAUUUGUACUGUUGUUUGUUCCAGAAUGUUAAAGAAAUUAUGCGAAACAUAUGGAUAUAGAUACGAUGAAACUUUAACAGGCUUUAAAUGGUUAAUUAAUAAGGCUAUAGAAUAUAAUGAUAAGAAUUAUACUACACUAUACUGUUAUGAAGAAGCUUUAGGACAUGCCUUAACACGUCAUGUAAUGGACAAGUGUGGAAUAUCAGCUUUAGCUUAUUGGAUAGAAAUAGCAGUAUAUUUAUAUGAAAAUAAUUUAACGUUUCAUGAUUACUUAGAAAUUGUUAGAAAAGAAAUAGGUUACUUUGUAAGUAAUAAUGGAUACUACACUGUUUUAGAUCCAAAUGAUAUUGUUAGUAUAUUUAAUGAGUUUAGAUCUAAUGGGUCUUAUAAAACAUCACUAGGUUCUUAUAAAAUUGUACGUAUUAGAGAUUUAACGACAGGGUAUGAUUCUACAACUCAUGAUAAAAAAUCAUUAAUUGCACCUACACCAGAUUCUCAAAAUAUUACACUGCAUUUUGAAAAUACAGCUGUACUUACAAUAAGGGCCAGUGGAACGGAGCCCAAGGUCAAAUGGUACAGUGAAAUUUCAAGGGGCAAUUACGAAGAAGCGAAAAAAGAGAUUGACGCACUAAUAAAUGAAGUUUUGCCAGUGUUCAUGCAGCCGCACAAGUUCAAUAUUAAAAAAUGUUAA